GUAUUUUUACACGUAUUUCAAUUUCAAAGUUCAUUCAAAAUAUCCUUAUAACAAUUUGAUACAUGAAAUUUCCGCAUUCAAUAAUCUUGAAUUUGUUCUAAAAACAUUCUCUAAUAUUUCUCAGUUCUAUAAUUGAAUUUUUCCAUUUUAAAAAUGGGUUUACUGUCGUUUUUGAAAAUAUUUAUUGUGAAUAUAAUAAUUUUAAUAUUAUUCAUAACAUUUAUGCCUGGAUUAUUGCCUGAUGUACCAAUUGUGAAGUCUUAUAAGAUUAUUAAAGCAGCUCUAGAUGGGAAAUUGACCCCCAACAAUAAAUUAGAAAAUGUAGAAAUAUUAUUCAAGGAAGAACUCCUUGGUCCUGAGAGUUUUACAGAUGAUAAAAAUUAUAUUUACACCUCACUCCAUACUGGAGAUAUAGUAAAGAUUAAUGGUAAACAUAUUGUUCCCGUUGUUCAAUUUGGAAAACCAUGUAAGGGGAUCUAUGAAGAACGCAUUUGUGGUAGGCCACUCGGACUGAGAUUUGGUAGUGAUGGUUAUCUUUAUACUGCAGAUGCAUAUUACGGAAUAUUCAGAGUUGAUGUUAAUACAGGUGAUAAAAAGAAACUUGUAUCCUUUGGACAGGAAAUUGAAGGAAAACCAACGAAAUUACCGAAUAGUGUAGCUGUUAGUUGUAAUGGAGAUGUAUAUUGGACAGAUUCAACUUCAAAUUUCAUACUUCAAGAUGGACUUUAUGCUCUCCUAGAUGAUCCAGCAGGAAGAUUGAUUCAUUAUAAUGCAAAAACUGGUGAAAAUAAAGUUUUAAUGGAGGAUGGUUUCUUCACAAAUGGACUAGCACUUUCUACAAAUGAAGAUUUUGUAAUAGUUGCUGAUGCUAGAAAUCAAAUUCUACGCCAUUAUCUUAAAGGACCAAAGACUGGUACAACAGAUUUAUUUGUUAGAUUACCUGGAGUACCUGAUAAUAUCCAAACAGAUGGUAGAUCAGGUUUCCUCAUAACUGUCAUUGUGGAAUCUAAUUUAGAAAAUCCUAAUCUUAUUAGUACAUUCUCACAGUUUCCAAAUAUUAGAAGGUUCCUUGCUCGAUCACUUUCACUGGCUGAAUUUGGUUUCCGGUUCAUUGAUAAACUGUACCCAAAUGAAAUAUGUCAAAGGACGACACAUUUCGUUGGCCAUAUCUCAUCAGCUGUUAAUGCAAUUCCAAGCAGAUCAGUCAUACUCCAUGUAUCUGAGAAUGGUGAAAUUCUAGAUACUCUCUGGACUAACAAUAAAACAAUUCAAGGGUUCAGUGAAGCUCAUAUUGUUAAGAACUAUUUGUACCUAGGUUCACCUUUCAAUGAUUAUUUAGGACGAAUUCCACUAGCUGAGGUAGGAUGGGAGCAUUUGAGUAAGAAAUCAGAUUCAUUGACUUCAAAAAAACAAUUAUGUGAAGCUCACAAACCAGCUGCAAAGGCUUCACCUCCCAAAAUGACCACAAAGGAUACUCCUCCUAAGCCCACAACAGCUACACCCCCCAAACCAACCGCAACAGCUACACCCUCCAAACCAACUACAACAGCUACACCCCCCAAACCAACCGCAACAGCUACACCCUCCAAACCAACUACAACAGCUACACCCCCCAAACCAACCGCAACAGCUACACCCUCCAAACCAACUACAACAGCUACACCCCCCAAACCAACCACAACAGCUACACCCUCUAAACCAACUGCUACAGCUGCACCCCCCAAACCAACUAUUACAGCUAAAAUCGACACACCAAAAUCUGUACCUCCCAAGCAGUCUCCACCUCCUAAGCAGUCUCCACCUCCCAAACCAACUACAGCAAAUACGCCUUCAAAACCUACCGUUACAACUUCUAAACCAACAACGACUACACAGCCAACUACAAAACCCCCAUCUCUAAAACAGAGUAAAACUCCAGCCCCAACUACAACACAACAACCUACCACAACUCAGAAACCUCCCACAGUAGCUACAACUUCUAAACCAAAAACAACUACAACAACUCCAAAACCAACUUCCACGAUUAGAAAUAAAGACAAAGAUGAAUCUCGAGGGAAUCAAAAUAAUAAUAUUAAUCCAAACAUUAAAAAAACAACUUCAAACUCACCAAAAAGUGAGUUGUAACUUGAAAUUAAAAGAAAUUAACUUGGAAGGUGCAAAUUUUGAUCUUUUACAAUUCUUAAUACAUAUUUUUUUUACAAAAUUAAACAGUGCAUUUUGUGAUACUUAUAGUACUGUUUAAUUUUUAUUAAGAAAUAUGCGAAAAUUGGAAUCUAUUACUAAGAUCUGAUUUUAUGUUUAUAUUAAGAAAUGCUUGUUGUGUAAGUGUUUUUGUUAAUUUUUUCAAUUUAUUUUCUACAAUUCAGUUCUUUAUGUUUACCUUCCUAAUUGAAAGGAAGACGUCUUAAGAUUCUCAUCUUCCAUUUGGAAUGAAUUUAAACAAAAUAUAUUACUUUUUUUAAAAAAAAAAAAUAAUUUUUACUAUUUGCAGAUUUUCAAAAAUAAUCAUUUCAAAAUAUUAAUUUUGUAGCAUUAGAUUAAUCCAUUAUAGAGGUAGCGCCAACUUUACGACUGAAUAUCUGAUGUUAUAGUUUUUAGAACAAUCAGCCGAUUGUACAAUGUUUAAUCGAUUCAUCGAAAUUCUCCAUUUUUUAUAUGAAGAUUUCUCCAACUGAAAACAUUCCACAAAUGUUUUUGAAUUGUUGUAUAAUUUUAUAUAUAUAAAUUACUGUUUUCCAUCUUUGAUGCUGUAAUAUUUUAAAAAUUCAACAAUUUUUCUUAGAGAAUAUUGGAAUUUACUCUUACAUCUUAAUUAUCACUUGAACUUCAUCAGAGACCUUUAGUGAAUAUUCAAUAUUAAUGCUAGCUAUUUUUGAUUGAUUUCACUCUACAAAAUAAAAGAGAAACUCAAUAAUUUGUUACCAAUGCAAAAAAAAAAUAAUACCUUUAAUUCAUCUUCAUUAUAACUUCAGUUUUGGUAUAAAAUAUUUUCAGUUGAAUAUUGUAAUAAUAUGCAAUUAGUACUUUUCAAAAGCAAUAUUAGACACUGCCUCAAAAAAUUUUUUGUAAAAAACGUUCCUCAAUGUUAGUGAUAGUACCUAUUCCAAUAAUCGAUAAUCUGAAUUAUCUCUGACUUUUGAAGAAAAUCUAAAGCUUCUUUUUUCUCAUUGGUAAUAUAAUUCUUAUUAGUAUUAUAUAGCUUAUGCUUAAAGUGCCCAAGUUGGAACAGAUCAGAUAAUAUUAAGAAUAAUUUUACCAAUGAGAAAACUUUAUGUGCCUAUUAAAUUUAUAUUGGAAAAGGGUUAUGAUUUUUUUACAUAUUUAUUUUUUUGAAUUCUUAGGUGUUUGGGAAUUUAAAGUGAUGUAAACUCAAUCUAGUAAAAUCUAUAAUUUAUAUUUUUAAAAGUUUUGGUUGGUUUGUGAAAAGGUUGUGAGUUCAAGAUGUAUUAUUUUUAUUGUUUCAAAUAUAAUCUAAGUAUUGAAAUAAAAAUUGAAGAAUUA